ACCUGCAACCUUUCUUCUCGGUUUAAAACACCAAACAACCAAAAACAAUUUAUAAACUUCCCUCUUCUUCUUCUUCUUCUUCUUCUUAUAUCGUAACAAAAAUUCAAAAAAAAAAAAACAAUGGUGGCGGUUGAAUAUAACGAGAAGAACAACAGUGGAAGUAAUCUAAAAUUUCUCUGCAGUUACGGUGGCAGAAUCCUCCCUCGUUCCACCGACGGCAACCUCCGUUACGUUGGAGGUCACACCAGAGUCCUAUCCGUCGAUCGUUCUAUCUCUUUCUCAGAGCUGAUGAAGAAACUAUUUGAAUUCUGCGGUUACUCCGUUGAUCUAAGAUGUCAAUUACCAAACGGAGAUCUCGAGACACUAAUCUCAGUCAAAUCAGAAGAAGAACUAUCAAACAUCGUCGAAGAGUACGACCGCCUCACCGGAUCCAAGAUCCGAGCCGUUUUAUCGCCUCCGAGAUCUUCGCAUAAACGCGAAUCGUCAUCGUCGUCGUCUCCGUCACCGUAUUCAAGCGGAGAUCGAUCACCGAAAUCACCGUUCUCCGUCACGCCUUCACCGCCGAACUCACCGUCGCCGGCGUACGGAAGAUAUCUACAGUCUCGGUAUUGUUUACCUCCCACGGAUCAUCUUGUUCCUAGAAGAUUCAAUCAUAGAUCGGAAGAGUCUCAUUGCUGCUGCUAUGCGUGUCGUGUACACAAAGACUCCAGGCUCAUCUGGCAUUGAAUUCGAGGAGAUUUGGACAAUUUUUGAAAGAAAAAAAAUUCGAAUAUACGCCAUAGAUACGAAUGAAUACUUUGAUGAUGAAAAAACGAAAAAAAAACUUGGGAUUUUAAAUUUAGAUUCUUCGAUUUUUUUUUUUU